GGCUUGGCUGGUAGCUGUUAGCAGCAGACUGACUGCGCGUCCUGUGGGCUUGGCUCCGUCUGACAACGCCCGCCCGCCGGGGACAACCAGAAAACACUCACUUUUACUUUUUGUCUGAAGGAAGAGACCCUUUGUUCAGUCAGCAAGAGUGAAACAGACUUUCACAAGCCAGAGAUGAAAGCAAAGUCCAUCAUUUCUGACCUGCGCUUGAAGUUUGCAGAGAGGACUUGGAAUGAUACUUUUCAGCUUGUCCGACGAUGCAUGGAGAAAUCCAGAGAUGAAUCCAAACCCUGUGAGCCACUGGUUAGAUCCCUGGAAAGGCUCCAGGAAGAGUUUAAUGUGUCCUCUAUGAAUACCCUGAGGUCUCGUCUGGAAAUGAUAGCCAAACAACAAGGAAUGGGCUUUCAUAUUACUGAGGCCACAUGUUACCUCACAGCCGACUUAUUCUACCUGGAGGUGGUGUUGUUGCCGUGUGGUGGGGUGGAGGAGGUAAAGGUGGCCCCACAUGGAGGACCCCCUGUUUCCAGUGAGUCCCUUCUGCAGCUGCUGAGGUUGAAGAACUUUGCUGACUUCUCCAUGAAAUUGGCAGACCUCUUCACCCAGUACAACAUCCCUGGAGACAACGAAAUCAAAUUAAAACUUUUUACAUCUCUACAACACCUCGGGAAAGACUUGCAGCAAAUAUCGCAUUUGCCAAGGAUACCAAAGGACUGUGAUACGCAAGUGGACAUGAUUAACAAUGGCAGGAUUGGGUGUCUAAUAGCUGGAAAAGAAGAUUGCCCCUUGAGUAUCCAGUUCUAUAUCACCCCGACUGAUGAAAAGAAAGCAGAUUCACAAAUUACAAAUAUGGUAGCAGUUGUCCAGGCAGCCCAGGUGACUGUCGGUGUCAGUGAUGUAACUCACAAGCUUCAGAUGGCAUCUGUGAUCCCGCAGCCUCCACAGCUGGAUCCCCAUGGACUGCAGCCAGCUAUACCAAUGAUGAUGUCUUUUGUGAACAAGCUGAGCCAAAUUACAGAUGUGACCAUACCAGAUGUUGACCUGCAGUGGGCACCCUUACCCAAGCUUCUGAUGAGAGGUUCACUGAGUCCAAACAGCCAUGGGGAGACAUUAGAUGAGCAGGAUACUAUUUUUACAGUGCCUCUUCCUGGUGGUGUGAUGCACAGUUAUAUUUUCCCUGGAGCUGCAUGGGAGGUGCCCUCACAGAGAGGGACUAUCAUGGACCGUAUUCCCUUCACCCACCCUGCCCAUGUCCCGGCUAUACUGGACGUGCUGCGCCAUCAGUGUGUCAUUAACACACUGCUGAGGAAUUGUAUGACGUCUCAGUGUUCCAGUGCAUGUGACCUGCACUUUGAAGUCCUACCGGAGUCUGACAACAGCUUUUCUGUGACCUUCCAUCCCCCUGACACCGACUCCCUUGCUGUUUUGCUGGUGAACAUAUCAGAUUCUCAUCAGAUUACCUGCAGCUUGUUUGGAGCAGGAACAUGUGAUCCAUCCAUGGAUGAAUAUAUCUCCACUGUUCUGAGGAGGUGCAUAUCCAUUCCUGUGACCCUCAGGGCAUUAUACAGUAAACUCGAAGAAAUCACCUCUGCCCCACUUUCUCCCGGCCGCCCGGCCACCACAGAGGCUGAAAAUGACCACUCAGCUCCCUCGAGUACCGCUGUGACAGACGCUGACAGCACUUUGACCAAGUUGUCCCAAAGUGCAGCUGUGCCAGAGGACAGCUUCAGCGUAUCUGGCUCAGCCUGCUAUGCCAUGUCUGUCGCCAAUUCCGAGCUUCUUCCUGAAAUAAAUACAAGUCCUGUUGUCAACUCUUACCCAGCCACUCCUGUGGGCGUGUUUUCGCAUUGGAUGGGCUCUAAUGGUCAACUGUCAGAGCUAACCUAAACCUGUUUGUGAUGUCCUAAAGUGUUUUAAAAGGUGAGUUUGUUUUUUUUUUCCCAAAUAAUUAAAUGUUUUCAUAAAGCAUUUGUUUUAUUCAUAGAUCAAAUCGGUAUAACCAGGAAAUGAAUUUCUGUGUAACUGCAUCAGUUUGAAUGUUAGCGUGUGAUCUCCUACAGAACACUGAAGUGUUUCUUAUUAUGCAUUCCAGUGUGGCAGAGAUUGCUGGCUGUAAAGGUUUGAGGUUUGGCAUUUGACCUCUUUCAAACAGCCAAGGGCCCAGUAGAUUGGUACCAUGUGAGCCAAUCAGACAUUGUUAAAGUACAUAAUGACAUUCUCGAUGCCUUGUAAUAAUAAAGUAAGAGAUCAACACAGUACAAUAAUAAGUAGCACUGUUCAAUGCAUAAAUAACAUUAAUGAUACAGGCUG